AUGCCACCCAAACGCAAAGCUGAUAAAGGCAAACAAAGCCAAUCCAAACGAUCCAAAGCGGACGAUGAGCCUAUUGUCGACGAAAAAGAUAGCACUUCACCUGAUGAGACCAACAUUGGAAGCAGCAGCAACAACAACAACAACAACGACAAGAAUGACGCUGGCAGCUUAAACGACAAAAUGCAAAAGUUCAAAGAGUUACGACGACGACGAGCAACCGAAGUUGAGCAAGGCAAUCGUCGUGAUCGCAACCUUGAGUUUCAACGCAGCAAAGAGAAUCCUCGAUAUGAAGCCAAGUUGGAACGAAAACGUAAAGAAGCCGAGAAGCUUUUGGAGAAACAGAAAGCAAUUGAGGAUGGCGAAGACUAUGAAAGAAAGUUGUUUUGGAAGUUUUCUGCUGAAUCGGUUGAAGCAUGGGAGGAAAAGAUGGCGAAGAAGGCUGAGCGAGCCAAUGUUGGCUUUACAGAUUACAAUCAACUUGCACACAAAAAGUAUCAAAAGCUGAUUUCAGAGCUCAAGCCUGAUCUGGGACAAUAUGCCGAGAAGAAAUUGGAGAGCAUUGAACGAGCCAUCCGCAACGGUGAAGAUCCUUCCAAUAUUGAUGCCAUUGCAAAUAAUGUCGACUAUGGAUCACUGGACGACAAGCCAUCCAAGGAGGCGAUCGAUAAAUUGGUACAAGGUGUGAAGCGUGAGAUCCAUACACGGGAAACUCGGUCUCGCGAGCGCAAGGAGAUUCAAGACGACAUUUCUUGGAUCAACGAGAAGAACCGCGUCUUCAACCAAAAGAUUGCACGUUUUUACGACAAGUAUACCAAGGAAAUCAGAGAAAAUCUCGAGCGAGGCACUGCAUUGUAG